AUGCCGUCGCUUCGCGGCCACUGUCACUGCGGCGCGCUCGAGUACCAGCUCAAUGCUGACCCAGCGCACUUGCGUCUCUCGGCGUUCUGCCACUGCACGCGCUGCCAGCGAAUCAACGGCGCGCCAUACGUGUGGACGACGCACUGGGCCAAGGACGCUGUCACCUGGUCGUCGCGAGGCAAGCCUUCGUCCGCUCCAGAUGCUACUGCUCAAAAGGUGCUCGGCGAGGGCGUCACCACGGCCAAGCUGUACGAAUCGGUGCCCGGGAGCAAGUUCAAGCUGCGCUGCUCCGAGUGCGGCAACCCCAUGGGAUCGUGGAACGACGCCAAGCAGCAGUGGUCCAUCUGGCCCAGCACUCUGGAACGUCCCAACGGCGACUCGGAGCAGCUGCCCGGUACAGAGGCCUUCCCUGCGACCGCACACAUCUUCUACGGCAAAUGGAAGGUCGCCAAGGUCGUCGACGACUUGCCCAAGUUCCUCGGCUAUCCGAACGAGUCACAGCAGGUGGACAGGGACGCCGAACCGCUGCCGGCCAACUUUGGCGUGGGCGACUUCAACCCGCACGUUCCACGUGACAUGGUCGGCUAUGGCGAGAAGCCUCCGCACCCGCAGUGGCCCAACAAUGCUCGCAUUGCCGUAUCGUUCGUGCUCAAUUACGAGGAGGGUGGCGAGAACCUGACGCUCAACGGCGACCAGUUUGCGGAGCUCUACCUCACCGAAUACGGUGCGGCCAACGGCUCCAAGCCGCCGGCCAACGUGCGCAACCUGAGUGUCGAGUCGGCGUACGAGUUUGGCUCGCACCGUGGAUUCUGGCGUGUGCUGGAUCUGUUCCGCCGCAACGGCCUCACAUUCACCAGCUGGUCGGUCGGCCGUGCUGUCGAGCAGAAUCCUCAGGUGGUCAAGGCGAUGGAAGACGCCGGCUGCGAAGUGGCGAGCCACUCGUACCGUUGGUUCGACCACUCACUCAUGUCGCAGGAGGAAGAGCGUGCGCAGAUCCAGGCGGCGAUUCGCGCCAUCAAGUCGGCCUCGCCCAACUCGCGCGAGCCAAGGGGAUGGUACACCGGUCGCCAGUCGAUCAACACCCGCCGCCUCGUGUACCAGACGUACAAGGAGCUCGGCCUGCACAAGGAGCUCUACGACUCGGACGCCUACGACGAGGACCUCCCCUACUGGGUCCCUGCUCCCGAUGGCACGCCUGGUGAGCACUUGCUCGUGGUGCCGUACACGCUCGACAACAACGACAUGCGCUUCGCCAUCACACCCGGCUUCUUCAACUCCGAGUCCUUCGCCACUUAUCUCAUCGACGCAUUCGAGACGCUCGUGGCUGAAACCUUCUUGCCACAAGACAACCCUCUCUCCGUUCCCAAGAUGAUGAGCGUUGGCCUGCACUGCCGCGUCGUGGGCAGACCAGGCAGGUUCCAGGGCCUCCAACGCUUCAUCGACCACGUUCAGCGCCGCAAUGCCGAACUCACCAAGCAGGGCAACGGUCAAGGCGGCGUCUGGGUUGCCACUCGCCAGCAGAUCGCCGACCACUGGCGCACCCACCACCCCCCGCCCUCGGCAUGA